CAUAGCAUUAAUGUCUCCAACAUGCCCGAGGAAAAGCAAGAUGAUUCUCUAGCGCCUGUCCCCUCCCAGGUUGGCCAGGUCGAAGAGCAGAAAUAUGAACAAGAUGCUGUCUUUGGAGAGAUCACGGGAGAGGGUCCGAACUACCGCAAUGUUGGAUGGCUGGGGACUUCCGCGCUCAUGAUGAAAACGCAGAUCGGACUCGGAGUGCUCUCGAUUCCCGUUGCUUUUGACACUCUGGGAAUCGUUCCAGGUGUCAUUGUUCUUUGUGUUGUGGCCGCCAUAACGACGUGGUCAGACUACAUUAUUGGCGUGUUUAAAAUUCGACAUCGCGACGUCUAUAGCAUUGAUGAUGCAGGCGCCUUGAUGUUCGGUCGUACAGGACGCUUCUUUUUUGGAGUCAUAUUCUGUCUUUAUUGGAUAUUUGUGGCUGGGUCUGGCAUGCUUGGAAUUUCAAUUUCCCUCAAUGCUAUAUCGAGCCACGGAGCCUGCACAGCAAUUUUUGUUGUCGUUGCUGCAAUUACAGGAUUUAUAUUGUCAAGUAUACAAACUUUGGGCCGGAUUAGCUGGAUCGCAUGGGUUGGCUUAUUUUGUGUCCUGACAUCGAUCUUCAUUGUCACAGUUGCCGUUGGGGUUCAGGAUCGGCCUGCAUCAGCACCACAAGAUGGCGUUUGGGUCUCUGACUACAAAAUCAUUGCGAGCCCAAGCUUCACCAACGGUAUCACAGCUGUGUCGUCGAUUGUUUUUGCAUUUUCAGGGACCCCGGCUUUCUUUGCGAUUGUCUCAGAAAUGCGCGAUCCUCAACAUUAUACUCGAUCCUUAUUUAUUUGCCAAACGGUAGUUACUUCAGUCUAUCUCGUUAUCGGCUGCGUGUUAUACUACUAUUGUGGGUCAUAUGUUGCUUCGCCUGCUCUAGGUUCGGCGGGCCCGACCAUGAAGAAAGUGAGCUACGGAUUCGCUCUUCCCGGUCUGAUUGCCAGCACUAUGCUUAUUAUCCAUCUACCUGCCAAGUACAUUUUUGUUCGCAUCUUACAGGGGUCCCGGCAUCUGACCGCAAACACUGUUAUACAUUGGGCGAGCUGGCUCGGCUGUACCUUUGGCAUCACCGUAGUUGCAUACAUUAUUGCCAGUGCGAUCCCCGUGUUCGACAACCUCGUAUCCCUCGUCGGUGCUCUACUUGGUACCGUGAUGUCAUUCCAGCCGAUGGGAUGUAUGUGGUUAUACGAUAAUUGGAGCCAAGGCCGAAUCGAUCGGUCCUCGCGAUGGAUUGCGAUGGUCUGCUGGAGUGUUUUUGUCGUAGCAUCUGGAACUUUUCUUAUGGUAGCCGGUACAUACGGAUCUGUGAUUAGUAUUAUGGACAGUUAUCGGAAAUCCGGGGGUUCAGUCGCCUGGUCAUGCGCUGACAACUCUAACUCGACAUAG